CUCUAUUUCCCAGUAGGCUCUGUGGGAUAUGCGAGGCCAAGUGCUUCCGGUGUCAGGCAGUGACGCUAUGGUAAACAGAUCUUGUAGCCGUGGCAGCAGCCGAGGGGAGCGAGUUACGUACGGAGUGCUGUUAACUGGAGGAAGAAGCUGCCUGCCAACGUCACCCUCGGCCGCAGAGCGCCGGCAGAAUGAGGGUGAAUUUCCAGUUUCCUUCUCGGAACUGAGGCAUCCUUUCAGUGACCUGUGUCCAUGCUGCCUUCUCUGCUUGGAAUGCCUUUCCCUGGCCACCUUACUUGCUGAACUAUGUGCUCCUCCAGGGCGGGCACCAUGUUGCAUUCAGCUCUGUACCCCCAGCAUCUAGCAGUCUUGGCAUGUAGUAGGCACUCAAGAAAUGUGUGUUGAAUGAACGAUGCCUGUGACAAGCAACUGGACUUUAUUCUUUCCUGACCCUUGCUCCUAUGGCACACCUCUUCUGCCACUGUCACCCCUUCAGAACAGAACUUCUCUAGGGAACCUGGAAGGGAAACAGCUAUGGCCAAGGACAUCCUGGGUGAAGCAGGGCUGCACUUUGAUGAGCUGAACAAGUUGCGGGUGUUGGACCCCGAGGUAACCCAGCAGACCAUAGAGCUCAAGGAAGAGUGCAAGGAGUUUGUGGACAAAAUUGGCCAGUUUCAGAAAAUAGUUGGUGGUCUAAUUGAGCUUGUUGACCAACUUGCAAAAGAAGCAGAAAAUGAAAAAAUGAAGGCCAUUGGUGCUCGGAACUUGCUCAAAUCCAUAGCAAAGCAGAGAGAAGCCCAACAGCAGCAACUUCAAGCACUGAUAGCAGAAAAGAAAAUGCAGCUAGAAAGGGCCUGCUUUCUGAGAAAAAAGGAGAUUUUUCCCAUCAUUUACCAACCUUUGAAGAAGGCAUAUGUUGCAGCGGGAAAGAAGGGCAGCUGAAACAAAAGCUCACAAAACACGAAGGACUGGAACCACACUGGGGUGCUCUGUAUCAGAGGGUCUUUGAACUCUUCAGCAUACCAAGCCAGCAGGUUUCUGAGCUGAAAACAAGAUGAUAAUCAUGGGAAAUUACAGCACCUGGCUUGAUCAGGUUCAGCAUCUUCAGGUCAUUUAGGGAUAACUGGUAGUCUUUUACUGUCCAGUCCUUUUGGCGGCAGGUGGCAUACCAGCUGGCUUCUGUAUCAUAGUCUAGAUUAAAAACUCACUAGCUCUAACUCAAA